AUGGCGUCCCUCAACCUCUCAGCCAACGGGCCUUCGAUAUCCAAAAGCUACCAGUCCGUGGUAAACGCGUCACUCAACCCUACAUCGAAAACCUACGCCCAAUGGGUCGUCUACUCAGUCUCGACCCCGUUGGUCAAUGCCUUUCAGCAGGAUGCGGGUAACAAAGAGAGUGUGCUGAAGGUCCAAACCUCGGGAGAUGGUGAAUUGGAUGAUCUUAUUGAAGAGUUCUCGGAGGGACGAGUUCAGUUUGCCUAUGUGAAGGUGAUAGACCCCAACACGGGCUUGCCCAAGAACGUCCUCAUUGGGUGGUGCGGUGAAGGUGUCCCAGAACGGACCAAAGGUUACUUUACCAGCCAUCUCGCCAGCGUGUCCAAGUUUCUACAUGGUUAUCAUGUCCAGAUCACGGCCCGGGCUGAAGGCCAUCUGACCCCCGAGGGUAUCAUCCAGCGAGUGGCCGACUCCUCAGGCUCGAAGUACUCGGCGGAUUCGCAGGCCCCCGUUUCCUCCGGCUCGACAUCCACCGGCCCUCCUCCCAUUGCCAGCAAGCCCGUCUUCACACCCACCAGGUCAGGUGGCAUCGUUCCGACUCCGGCACCACGUCCCAAGCCUGCUACUACAUCCAAUGUUGAUGAUGAUGGUUGGGGCGCCGAUGCGCCUCCGGUGACUCGGACUCAGCUUGAGAAGGUCCAAUCUGCGUAUCAGCCUACCCGCGUGAACCUGCAACAACUCAAGAAUGAGAACCAGACUCCUGCUAACCAGCCGGCCCCUGCUCCCUCCGAGGAUCGAGGUGAUGUCGUCCGGGGCGGUUACCAGCCGAUAGGUAAGGUGGACAUUGCAGCAAUCCGGAGGCAGGCCGCCGAGUCUGGCCGGACACAAGACGAUCGCCCGGCACCUGUAAAGGGAUCUUACGAACCGGUCGGCAAAGUGGACAUUGCCGCCAUCCGCGCCAGAGCCCAGAAGCCCGAAGGUGCUGGUGAUAGCUCCCCAGCCGUACCCAGCCCGGUAUCUCGGAACGAGCCCGUCUCUCUCCCUGAACGCCCAGUCAUGAACCAGGAGGCCGAGCGCCUGACCACGCUGCCCAAGCCCAAGGUUGCGAACAAGUUCGGUGGCGGCCCUUCCUUUGGCGGCACGAAACCACCUCUCCCAGCUAGCUCCAGCGUACCUGCUGUGGCGCCGCAGGUUGGCAGUGCCAGCCGAACCUUUGCUGAUCAGGGAGGAAAAACCCCGGCGCAGCUGUGGGCAGAGCGUAAAGCCAGGGAGCGUGGAGAGGCUCCCGCUCCCGCUUCCACUGAUACGGAGCCGAUCCAGAGCCAGACCAGUGGACAGGGUGAAUGGAGGAGCUCAUAUGCCGGCAAGUCAUGGGCGCCUGUGCAGACGGUUAAGGACAUGCCUGUCCCCCAGGCUGUCGACGCAAGGGCUGCCGAUUCCCAGGAAACAGAGGCUCCAGAGCCAUCGUCUCACGUUGGAGGCAUCCGCGAUCAAUUUGCCCACUCGACUCCCGCGGAAGCACCUGCUCCGCCCGUUCCCCAGGCCAGUCGUCCUGUUCCCGUCCCCGGACUGGCCACCGAACCGUCUGAGCCCGAGCCCGAGCCCGAGCAUGAUGCUCAGCAAGUUCUGCCCACCCCGCCGCCGCAACCUCGCUCACCAACGCCCCCUACUCCGCCUGUGCGCGAGAGCUCACCCAUCCAAGUCGCUAUGCCUGUUGGCCGAGGCGUGACGGAUGCCCAUGAGGAGCAGAAUUCGCCGCCUCCCGCCAUGCCUGUCCAGAGUCUCCAGGAGGCCGUUCCGGACGAGCAGGACCUUGAGGAUGAUACUCAUGAUAUUGGUCGGGCUGCCGCGGAAGCUACCGUUGAUGACCAGUCGCUCGGUGGACAGCGCGCUCUGGUGAAGUAUGACUAUGAGAUUGGUGAAGACAAUGAAAUUGAACUUCGAGAAGGUGAAUAUGUCACCGAGAUCCAGCAAGUCGACGAGGACUGGUGGCAGGGGAAGAAUGCCGAGGGUAAAACCGGUCUUUUCCCUGCUGUCUACGUGGAGCUUGUGGAUGACGAGCAGCCCGCCGCCUCCCACGGUCAAACUCACUUUGCGGAAGCCGAACCUGAGCCCGUGCCCGAGCCCGAGCCCGAACCCACGCCUGCUCCCGCCGCUGUUCCAGAGCCCGCCGCUGCCAGCUCCAAGGGCCACACUGCCAAGGCGCUUUACGACUACGAGGCCGCAGAAGACAACGAGCUCAGCUUCCCCGAAAAUGCCACGAUCGAGGAUAUCCAAUUCCCCGAUGAUGACUGGUGGUAUGGAAAGUACAAUGGUGCGGAGGGCCUGUUCCCGGCCAACUACGUGGAGUUGAACUAG